CUAUCAGCUGUUUGUGAAGGCUUUAUUAUUCGCCGGAUUAAAACUGUAUAAAGUUUUGUAAAAUUAAAAUUGGACAAAGUAUAAAAUAUCUAAAACAUAAAAAAUGACUCAGGAUAUUUUAAUGAGUAACGAUGAGCCCAUGGCCACCAACGAUGCAUCACGUAAUCAGCUGAAACAGUAUUGUUCUGCUGCCAAAACUUCGCAAGGUGCGCAGUUGCUGGAAGUGAUUCGCCAGGUGUUGGAAGCACCUUCGACUUACGUUUUUGGUGAACUGCUUGCUUUGCAAAAUGUGCAAGAGCUUAAAGAUGGCCCUCAUAGCAAGUACCUUAACACUCUGAAUCUUUUCGCUUAUGGAACUUAUAAGCAGUACCGGCAACAGCCUAGCGAAUACUUGGAAUUGACCGCUACAAUGCAGAAAAAACUGCAGCAUUUGACUAUCGUGUCUUUGGCUAUCAAAAAUAAAUGCAUUCCGUAUGAGGUGUUGUUGGAAGAACUAGAAAUCGAUAAUGUUCGUCAUUUAGAAGAUGUUAUCAUUGAGGCAAUUUAUGCGGAUAUUAUACAUGGCAAACUCUUCCAAAACAAUCGCUUUCUGGAAAUCGAUUAUGCUCAGGGCCGCGACAUCCCUCCAGGCUAUACCAGCAAAAUCGCUAAAACACUACAACAGUGGGUGGAUUCAUGUGAUGCCAUUUCAAAUUGCAUUGAUGUACAGAUAACACGUGCCAACUUUGAGAAAGCUAAAAGCUUGAAAAACAAGGAUCACAUAGAACAGGAGAUAAUUAAUUUGAAGAAAGUUUUGAAGACUCAAAUCACCGACAACGACGAUUCUAUGCAAAUCGAUACGCGAGAGUCAUCCAGUAUGGAUAUCCGUAGGAAGCCAUUCAAGACCAAAAGUUCACGUUUACAUCAUGCCCCCUCGGGUAAGUUGACAGGCAUGGCCUCAUCGUCCGCAGACGCAAGUGGCAAUGUGGCCAGUGGAAAUGCAGCUACUGUAGGAGGAGGUGUAAGUGGUGCCACAAGCGUUACUAUGGCAGCAGCAAACACCACCACCUCAUGGCUAAAAUCAUUCACCCAAAGUUUUGACAAGGAGUAGGUGUCGGAGAAAGGAGAGAAGAAAUAAAGCCACCUCAUUUCCAUCAAUAACAACAACUCCUUAACUAAUAACAGUAUUUUCGCAAAAACCUGAAGCGUCCUAUACCGCGUGUGUACCAGUUUCCUUUAAUAGCUUGCCAAUUGCUUUCGAGACGUCUAGAAUACUUGAAGCGCGGGAACAUAGACCACCACUCAAAUGAUGGCAUGACAGCAGCACGUCACACCAUUUCAUUUAAUUAAACGGCUUCAUUUUCAUUAUUUUCUUUGUAGAAAGUUUUUAAUUACUUUUUAGGCGUGCACUGAUUAUUCUCUCAUUUUCAUUGCAUUUUUAAUGUUAAUUUAUGAUUUUGAGUGCAAAUGUUUUUUUUUUCUUAGGUUAAUAGAUUUGAUUUAGCUAAGAUGCGGUUUCUUCAAGUAUAAAUAAAAAACACUUUUUUUUUAUCCAGAAGUUUGUAAAAUAGCUCGUCUUGUUGAUUCAUUUCAUGCUAACUAAAGUGCUACGCUUAACUGGAAAAAUAUGCUAGUUGAAUCUACAUAUCUUUUCGCUCUUCCAGCAAUUGCACUUGUAUCUAAUUUACCUUUUACUUUUAUUUACUUUUCGGUUUUCAACAUCUCAUGACUAACAAAAACACCGCAAAACA